CUCACAUAUUGGGCUAAAGCCCACUUGACCCGCCGCCGGCACUCGUUCCAUUCUCCAAUCCCCUCCCCCGCCGGCGCUCGUUCCCCAAUCCCCUCGCCGCCGGCGCCGCCACACCGUCCCCUCCGCCAUGCUCCGCCUCCGGAGCUGCGUCCUCGCGCACCUGUUCUCCUCUUCCACCACCUCUCACGGCUCCACCUUCCGCCGUCUCCUCUCCGCCACCACCGCCGCGCCCGCCGUUUCCCCACACACCGGAUUCGCCGUCGAGGCGUACCUGGUCGACACCUGCGGUCUCACCCGAGCCCAGGCCCUCAAGGCCUCCGCCAAGCUCUCCCACCUGAGGUCCCCAUCCAAGCCCGACGCCGUCCUCGCCUUCCUCGCCGACCUCGGCAUCCCCAUCUCCGACGUCGCGGCCCUAGUGGCCAGGGACCCCAAGUUCCUCUGCGCCGGCGUGGAGAGAACCCUGUCCCCGAUCGUCGGCGGGCUCACCGGCCUCGGACUCUCGUCGUCUGAGAUCGCGCGACUCGUCCCGCUCGCUGCCAGCAACCACUUCCGCAGCAAAUCCGUCGUCUCCAAGGUGCACUACUACAUCCGCCUCUUGGGCUCCUUCGAGGGAUUCCUCCGGGCGUUCAAAGGUAACCAACAACUCCUCUCGUGUAACCUCGACGGCAGUGGUGGUCAAGCGGAAUGUCGGGUUACUGCAGGAGUGCACGCGAGGUGCUUGCGAUAUUGGCAAGCUAGCCGUCUCUAUGCCAAGGAUGCUCACCGCCAACGUGGAGUGAAUCCGGGCGAUGGUGGCCAGCGCUGAAGCUUUAGGUGUGCCUCGCGGCUCUGGAAUGUUCGGGGAAGCUAUGCGGGAUGUUGCGUUCGUCAGCGAGGAGAAGAUCGCCGCCAAAAUGGAAUACUUGAACAAGACGUUUGGAUGGUCGGAUGCCGAGGUGCGCAUUGCUGUGUCCAAGGGUCCGUUUGUGCUGAGGAGGUCAAAGGACAUGCUGCAGCGCCGGUCCGUGUUCCUCAUCUCUGAGGUGGGGUUGAAACCGUCCUACAUUGCUCGUCAGCCGUCAUUGCUCACCUACAGCCUGGAGGGCCGGCUCAGACCCCGGUACUAUGUUAUGAAGUUCCUCAAGGAAAAUGGAUUGCUCAAGCGCGACUCAAGCUACUGUACAGUUUUUAAAUGGACCGAGAUGGAAUUCCUGGAGAAGUGCAUAUGUCCUCACAAGAAAGCUGCACCACACCUUGCUGAAGACUACGCGACCGCUUGCAGAGGAGAAUUGCCCGCGAGAUUCAUAUUUGCAUGAACCAAGAACAGGGUAUUGAUCUUUGAAAAUGCAUUAACAAGAUUGUGCUAUCUGUUUUUUAAUUAGGCAAAUCUAACAUAAAAAUACCAUUUGGUCUAACCAUAUGUGUAGCUGUGGUAUCACAUUUGUCAAGGGAAGGUGCAGAAUAGGGACGGUCUUUCUUUUAUAGCUUCCGUUAGCCACUCUUAGAUUUAUAAGCAGCUUGCCUUCUAUGCUGAUCGAUUUGUCUCCAAAUAAAAUAGAAUGUAGAGACCACAUUGCUCUCAUAUUUUGGGAAAUAUGUGUGUACGAUAGUGCCAUUUCUCUUUGUAUCAGUUUAUUUAUUUUUGUUUCAGAUGUACAUUCAGUCAGCCAUCCAUUGGCAGUUUAAGUACCGUGAAGCACCUACAAUGUUUGUUACUAUCUCAUUUCUUACAAGAGAGACCUGAUGGAAACUAUCCAUAUGUCCCUGCUCAAGUGCCAUAAUGUCCCGUGAAACUAUCCAUAUGUCCCUGCUCAAGUGCCAUAAUGCAUUCUUCUGCCAUUGGUUGCAAACUCUGGUUUUGUAUUACAGUAGGGAUCAAGGUUGGGCUGCCUGCCCCUAAAAACCAGAGGAAACCCUAGUUUCAAAACAGAAUGCGCAUCACAGUAGGGAUCCCAUAGCUGAAGAUUAUUACAGACUGCAUUUAUAUAGGCGAGAAUAUAAAUAAUUGCCCUUUUGUGCAUGUUUGUGACAGCCAGAUACCAUCUAGGGACAUCUGCUGUAGGUGAUUAUAAUUGUUGUCAUAGAUCCUUAUGUCACAGAGCUACAUAUUUUUUUGGUUUUACUGCGCUUUAGUGACAGUCAAAACUAACCGCUACAAUUUUGCAUUGUGCAAAUAAGGUAAUAAAACAUUCCCCGAGUUCUGCGAGUGGCCUAAUUGAGUGGAGGAAGCCCAACUGAUUGUGCAGAUUCAAUAUUGAAGAUUUUCCUUGACCCCCAAAUGGCAUCUUCUCUAUUGAAUCUGCCCACAAAUUAAGUAUAUAUGAAUCACCUUAAUUUCCUGCUGGACAACCUGCAUGCUCAAGUGGCGACAAUGUCUACUGAUGGAGCAAAAUUUUGAGGGCUGCCAAAAUUUGAAGUGUCAACUAAUUUCAGAUUUACAUGAACCAAGAGUGUGCUAUGAAAAUCGAGUAAACUGUGUAUGGUGCGACAAAGUUUUCAUUCUCUAAGAAGCUGGUAAUUCUCAUUUCGGUGUAUUUUAUCGAACUGGAUGUUGAUUAUCCGAUCUGUUAGAUGCUGGUACGGUCGUUACUAACUCUUGAUGAAACGAGUAAUUAGAAUCAUGGGCACUGACAUGUCCAUGUCAUCACAAAGUUUCCUUUGAAUGGUAAUUCUUAUUUCGGGGUUCUUGGCCUAACUGGAUGUUAGUUGUCCACUCUGUUAGAUGCGGGGUGAUCUCGUAGUACGUACGAUGUGGAGACAAUGGGGCCGGUCCAUGGAUUUUCCUUCCUUUUGCUACAUUUUUCUCAUGUAUGCUCCUUGCUAGUGCUUGAUGAAACUUAGUUUGAUUCAUGAAUGCAGCUGAUAUGUUAAUGAUCAAUUAUCAUUUAGUAGAGAAGAAACCAUGAGUUUGUAAAUUGUAAUGAACACUUGGAAUGAAGUGAGUGAGAAUAGGCCAUUCUGGAUUGCAUUAAAAUGCAUCUUGGGAGGGUGUUUGUUUGCGCAGAUUCUCACAUUCCUUGGUGAGAAAAAUAUUGCUUCCAAAAUGGAAUACCUGAAGAAGACUCAGGUUGACUGAUGCCGAAGAUGAGUGUUGUUGUGUCGAAGGGAUUUCGCUGAGGAAGUCGAAGGGAUCGCUCCAGCGCAGUAUCUUUGUUCGAUGGAAAUGUUAUACGUUCCCUGGGAGAGGGUGGCAAACGAGCUGACAGUUUUAGCUGUGAGGCGAGAUCAGAUGGUGGCAGUUUUUAGAAUAAAAUUGUCUUCACUGGAGAAAAUGUCAUGUUGUUCUGAAGAAAUGCCAUGCAAAUCUACAGAAGCUGCCAGCAAAAACGUUCGCAAAUGUCAUCCGUCCCAGCGAACGUUCGCCAGUUAUUGCGGUCCUUGUUUGAAGAGAUUAAAUGUUGUGAAAGAAUUCAUGCUUUAUAACUUCGAAUCAGUUUUACCCUUCGUUUCUCACUUGUAUUUUUUAAUGGCAUGUCGGCUGAUACUUCCGGUUCUCAACCGAUCUCGAAACUGAACAAUCCACUUGUACAGUUUUUUUUUUUGACAAAUCCCGGUUUUCUCAGCCAUUUCUUUGGCAACAACUUCUGGUACAUCAACCCCAGCAUGCAUUCAGCUUUUUUUGAUUUGCUGAACCUGGUUGGUUGUGAGUUUAAUUAGGCCUUUGAGAGACCGGGCGAGAAACAAACGUACAACAAACAAAUAAUAAUUUUUCUGUCGCCAAGUAGUACGGGUGAAAUGCAAUAAGCUGCUCUUGUAACACCCGCAAUGUGCCUGCCUACCACACCGCAACAAUUUUUCUGGGCUGAUGAUGUUUGUUGGCUUCCUUUCUGCUAAAAAAAUACUCCCUCCGUUCCAAAAUAAGUGUCUUGAGCUUAGUACAAUUUUUUUUGCGAGGUACUUCCGGUAACCCGGUGGAAGGGCAUGCUCCUCCCUCGUCAGCACGUGGCCUAGGCAUGGCGCAAAGACAUCACAAAGAUUUGCCAUGCCGCUUAUGGUCUGCAUUUCAUGUGCCACCUUGUAGAUCUGCAAUAAAUUUUGAGGCCAACGGAGCAACAAGACCCACACUUCCUGCACAAACCUGCAAUAAAUU